CGAAAUUGUCCCAAGGCUUGGAUCCACCACUUGUUUUCUGCAGCAACAUGCCGGAAACUUCCUGUUGUGCUUUGAAUUUUAUUUGCGUAAAAAGCGGAAGUGGAAUUUCGAGCCCAACACCUCUUUCAAGGAGACAAAUAUUUUAUGAUGAAUGAUCGUUUUUUGUAGAAAAAGCAAACAUGGCAGUCAAAAUAGACACAAGCAGGGUAGAUGCCCUAAAACAGACUGUAGAGGAAGUUUGUGUGGAGUUAGCCAGUCUUGGGGAGGAGUCAUUGUUUAUGUCAAUCAAUCUGAAACAGAGAAGCUGUUUUUACCUUGGAUCAGAACCUGGGAAGGAUUUUCUCACCAAGAGAAUGGACAUUAUAGAAAACUUUUAUCACUUUAUCAAUACGAACUAUCCACUGGAUGAAUCUGAACACCAGGCUGUAGCAGUAUCUCCCAACAAGGCUGCAUCGUACACUGGAGAUAUGGAUUUAGAUAAAAUUCCCCAGAUUUCGCAGUCAACUGAGUCAGAUCAAGAAGAUUCCAAUUCUUUCACCAUUGACAAUGAGAUGAGAGAGGACCCUGAUUUUGAACACAGCAUGAAGAAAUCUUUAUUAUCUCAACUGUUUAAGAAGCGUGCUGUUGGAAGACCAAGAAAGACAGAUAUUUUUGAUGGCCGGGACAGAAGUACCACCUUGUUGGAGGAUAUGGAGAAGGUUAUCAUGAAUAAACCAAUUGCAGAAAAUGUUCCUUUUGGGGAUCAGUUGAGCUCAGUUGGUGACAGUAGCAGCAAGAUUGAAAAAAUUGUUACCUCAGACGUGGAGUUUGUAAAGUCCCUUAGAAAUAAUAGGAAAUGUUUGUUAAUCUGUGGAAAUUGUGGUACACCCUGUUCUUGGAAAAGGUCAAUGUUGACACAUUUAAGUAUCUGCAAAGGAAAGAAAAAGGAACAGAAGGAUGAAGAAGAUGUCUCAACAACUGUUGUUAUGCAAGAAAAAGGUCCAACAACAAAAGAAUCGGAGGAAAUGGCAACAGAAGGAGGACAAAUAGUGAUAGAGCUGGUGGAUGGAAAUGGAGAACAGCAAAUAGCAGUACUUCAAGCUUCAGCAGAGGAUACUUUGGCACAGAAUUUACAGUUGCAGAGAGAAGGGACUAAAUCGACUGUUGAUACUCUUGCACAAGCCAUACAGAGUAUCACAGAAAGUCAAUCUGAAUCCCAGUUCUCUGGUGAAGGUUCUGGAGAGAAAGACCAAGUACAGAAACCUGUGGAAGAAUCCAAUCAAUUGUCAGAGAAGGUAGUGAAGGAAAGUCAUCAAAUGAGUAUGGAGGAGGGAAUGGACGUGUCACAAGUCCCAAAUACCUCAGAUGACGGGAAGAACACACAAGAGCAAACAUCCGAUGGUGUAGAAGAAAAUAGUCAAGAAGAUAGCAAAUUAAGCCAAGUCAGCGAUGACCUAGAUGAUGCAUUAGACAGCACAAUGGAUGAAGAAGAGAUGGAGAAAAACUUGGAGGAUAUAGAAGCAAUGGAAUCUUUGAUAAUGACAUCAGAUAAUAUAGAGAAUAAAAACAAAGAGGCGAAAGAAAAUGAGGAAAUGGAAGAAGAAAAUAUCGCAGAACAAGGCGAAGAAGAAGAUGAUGGUGAUCCUGAUUUUAAUAUCAUGAAGGCAAAGAAAGAAGAAAUAGAAACCCCACGAACACGUUCAAGACGUCAGAUCAAAAUGAGCAAAAAGUAUGAAGAAUAUAUUGUAAAAGUAAAAAAGGAGCCAGUAGAGGACCAACCAAUACCUGAAGACUCCACACAGUCAACUGAAGAUACUACAGGAUUCAUGAUGACAAGAAAAAGGAAGGCAGAGGAAUCACCCUCAGUAACUAAGUCACCCAGAGGUAGAAAGCCCAAAAAUCGGGAUGAAAUAGAGAAAUCAUUAGUGCCUGCCAGUAAAAAAGCUAAAAUAGUAGAAGAGCCUGCUUGUGAAGUAAUCACUCCCAAAAGGGGAAGAGGAAGACCGCCAAAAAAUCCAAAGCCAGCUACACAAAAUGAUGACGAGCCAGUAAAACAUCGAGAUGAGAAGAAGGAUGAUGAACAAAUGGCCAAGGAACAGGGAGAAAAAGAUGUAGAUGGAAAAGAAGAGGAUGAAAACAAUGAAGAAGUAAAAGAUGAAGAUGAGGAAGAAAUUGCUGAAAGUGAAAUGAAGGUUGAACACAUUGAGCCUGUCAAGAAAGUUAAAGGAAAACGAGGACGAAAACGUGGUGGGAAGAAAGAAAAUGAAACUGGCUACAAAAUAACAGCUCAGGAUGUGAAUGAAGCAGCAGAUAUGAGUGAGGAAAAGGGAGAUUACCGGUGCAAGCAAUGCAACAUCUUGAUUAAAUGGAAAAGAUCAUUUAUGAGGCAUAUCGAACAACAUAGAUUACUGAAUGAAGGAAAGACUGACUAUUACCGAUGUCCAGAAUGUAAUAGGGAGUUUGUCUCGGAAUGGGAGAUGAAGAAUCACAUGAGGGGAAAACAUAAGAUGUUAGGAGUCUUUGAUUGUGACACAUGCACAAGAAAGUUUAAUACAGCAAUACAAUACAAAAAUCACAAGAAGGAGUGCACAGAAGAAAAUCCAAUGUCUAAAGAAUCGGAGGAUACAGAAGAAAAACCUUUCACCUGCAAUUACUGUCUCUUUAAGUUCAAAAGUGAGGACCAACUCAUUACACAUAAAGAGCUUCAUAACAUUAUGGAGUUCAAGUGUGAUGAAUGUGGAAAAGUCUUUCCAGAAGGAUAUAGGCUGAGAAAUCACAAACGAGAUGCUCAUGACAAAUCCAAACACUUUUCCUGCGACAUUUGUGGAAAGCUUUUCACAAGUACCAGAUACCUACACAGGCAUCGUGUAUGUGUUCACAAGCAAACAGAAAGUGUCUGCAGAGUCUGUGCCAAGCUGUUUCCAACUAAAGAAGAACUGAGAUUGCAUAUUAAAACUGUCCAUGAGGAAACUGAUUCCUUAACGUGUGGGGUCUGCAGGAAGAAAUUUCCUUCACUCAGAGAUUUGGAUGCCCACAGGCCAGAACAUUAUGGUUACCAAUGUGACACCUGUGGAAAGAAAUUUCAAAAAUUGAUUAAAUUAAGAGAGCAUGUUCAUUCGCAUACAGGGAAUUACCCAUAUUACUGCGAUAUUUGCAGAAAGGGUUUCCUACAUAUGCAUGCCUUGGAAAUGCAUCUUCCGAGUCAUGAGACAAAUAGACCAUUAUACAUAUGCGAUAUUUGUGGUCAACAGUUCAAAACAAAGACAAUUUUGUUGAAACAUGCCAAUGUACAUAAAGAAACCGUAGAUUAUCCAUGCAAGUUUUGUGACACAGCUUAUAGAACACCUGAUGGGUUAAAGAUUCACAUGAUUGAAGUCCACAUGACCGAAGAACAAAUCAAAUCAUGCGGCCUUGAAAUAUUUAAAUGUGAGAUUUGCGACAAGGUCAUGGCUCGAAAACAGCAUUAUGACAGGCACAAAGCACAGCAUUUGGGACUCAAGAAAUAUAAGUGUGAGGAGUGUAAUAUGUCGUUCUACACUCAAUAUCACCUUAAUCGUCACUACAAAUUGCAUCACGAUUCAAGUAAAUUUGCGAGUCCGAGAGCUAUGCUUCAUCAGAAUUCAGACGACUCAAAACUGCAAACAGAGGAGAUCAUUACGGAAACAAUAGUGGAAGAGAACGUAGACAGUACAGAGACAGUACAAUACAUAGGGUCGAUUGAGGAUGGCAACAACCAGGUCCAGACCAUCAGCUAUGCCAUGAGUGGUGAGGGUGGAGACCAGCAGAUGGUGGAAUUUGUGGUGAUCAACGUAUCCCAGGACUCUGUAGCUGAGGUGGUGGAACAGCAGGAAGGCAUGGAGGGAGAGGUUGUUACUCACGUCACCGAAGAUGGUACAGUCGUGGCUCAAGUGACAGAAAUGUCAACAGAAGGUGAUCCACAGAAUGCAACAGAAGUGACGACAACUAUAUCUGCAGAAGAGGAAAAUGAUGUGGUUCAGUCCAUACUCAAUUUACAGGAAGCCAUUAAUAUGGGUUGAUUGGCAAUGUGUGGUUCUACUUUCUGAACUGGCUCCCAAAAUGAUAUCGGAACUCUUUCCAGUGUUAAAAGCUCCAUGGAAUUAACUUUAGUCAUCCUCUUACAUUUCUCAGACCAGCUUGAUAUGUUUGUAUGAUAAUCCUUUUACAUACAUGUACAAUGUAAAUGCAGUAAAAAGCAAUCAAAUUGAACUUUUGUAAAUAAUUUAAAACUAUUUCUUGGUCUACUCAUAUUUUUUGUUAUGGGAAAUUUUUGUGUGUUAGUGUUAUAUGAUGAUAUUUAUGAAAACAAAAACCCAUACAUCAUGUAAAUAUUUCUUAUUUAUUGUUCACAAUUGGCAAUUAAUACAUGUAUAUUAUGUAGUUAAAAGUUCGUCAAUAGUUCAGAAAUCGAGAUCUUGUUUAUUUUGUCAAACCUUCUUAAACAAAAUUUCAUUGUUAUUUAGUAUAUUCAGUACCCAAUUCAUUUAAAUGCUACAUGGUUAAAGUCAAAUGUAUUGUAAUAGUUAUCUUUGUUUGUUUCCAAAUUAAAAUCUAAAAUGAAA